CUUAGCUGCCCAGGUGGGGAUAAAAACUGCCUAGUACCUAAACAUCAUUAGGCCCAUCUUCCUAUUACCAUCUGCGUCACAGCAAGCUCCCCGCGGUCCCUCUGAUGUAUUUGUACGGAGUCUGGUUCCUCCUAACAAGAUUAUCUCUUCCGACCUUGCGCACGAGCGAGCGCAAACACCACGAUGCAGUCGCGCCAGUUCUUACAACCUAUAUGGCGCUCCUUAACGAUUCGAGUACAUCCUUCCUCUACUUUACCUCGUUGCCCUUCCCGCCUAAUUCAGCGCAGUCGACCAUUCUCUCAAACCUCUUUCCGAGCGAAUAACUGGCCACGCCCUCCUCCCGGAACCCAUAAGCACAACAAUGAUCCGCAUUACCAACUCGCCCACGCGAAACCGCUUGUAACCCCUGGUCGCCUUCGCAGAUUCGUCCGCUCUCCCACCCUACGCACUGUCGUCGUCCUCUCUAUCGUCGGCGCCGUAGUCUUCUACGUCAGCAAUAUUCAGACUGUGCCUGUGUCCGGGCGGCGACGUUUCAAUUGCUUCAGCGAUGAGUCUGUGGAAGCAGCGAGCCAGGCGCAGGUCAAGCGGUUACUAUGGGAGAUAGAGCGCUCUGGUCAACGGUUUUUAAGCGACUGGGAUCCGCGCAUGAUGAUGGUGAGGCGGGUUAUGAACAGAUUGAUCCCUGUCUCGGGCAUGGAGGAUGCGGAUUGGGAAAUAAGGGUCAUUGAUGAUCCCCACACGGCGAACGCCUUCGUGAUUCCCGGUGGCAAGGUCUUCGUCUUCAGUGGCCUACUACCUAUAGCGAGGAACGAAAACGGACUGGCGGCAGUGCUAGGCCACGAGAUCGCGCACAACCUUGCUGGGCACGUGGGGGAGCGCAUGUCAGGAGAGAUUGGCAUUAAUAUUCUACUUUAUUCUCUUAUAUUCCUCACGGGUGGAAUAGCAAUCCUUGGCACACACUUCAUAGGAGGUGCUAUCUUGGAUCUUCUGUUCUCGCGGCCAAUGGGCCGCAAGCAAGAGAGCGAGGCCGACUACAUCGGAUUGAUGAUGAUGGCAGAGGCUUGCUUUGACCCCCGCGAAGCACUCGGCUUCUGGAUGCGUAUGGAGCAGGCACAGCAGGGAGAGCCGCCUGAAUGGAUCAGCACUCAUCCAUCUAACUUCAACCGCGUACAAAAGAUCAACGAAUGGAUGCCAAAAGCUGUGGAAAAGAUGCAAGAAAGCAACUGCCAGGGAACAUCAGCAUUUGCUAAGUCGUUUAGGAGGGCGAUGAAACGAGGUGUACUAAUAGAGUAGACGACAUAGAACGACGUUUAGGGUUGGGUUAGGGUUAGUUGAUGAUUGAUGCUUGAUGAUACCAGAGUUGGAGUGAGUUCAUUGGGUACGUAGUACUUAAGUACUUAGUGAACACCUGGCAGUCUAUAUCACUUUUAAGAAUAUAGUAAGAAGUCCCAUAGCAAUGAUGAACUUGAAUACGACAUAUGUUGUUGUUAUAUCCUCAAUACUUCGUACUACUACAUGCAUGCAUCAUGGAUACUUGCAUGUUCAUACCGUACA